AAAUUUCCACCUAAUUAAUUAAUAUAAAAUGUACACUUUUGAAUGUAUAAAUAUAAUUCACUAAGGAAAAUGGUACAGAUGGAGAAGAACUAGGAUAAGCGUGAAAUGUCUAAUAAUCCAAUAAUUUAAUCGAGUCUAUGAUGAAUAUGAUGAUGCUUCUGCUGAGGAGACACUAGCGCGAUGGUUGAAGCUCGCGCGUCAAUACAACCUGGGCCCAGAGAACGACUUUUAUACCAUAGAGGUUAAAAUGGUUGAUCUUUUGUCCUUAAAAGAAUCAGUCCUGGUCUAUUUAGACAGAAGCGGUGGGCUUCAGAAACUGGCCGAAGAUUGCAGACCAUUCAAUGGAAGCCAUCAGAUUGAGGCGGUCUACAGGUUUUGUGUCAGUGUGAAUCCUUCUGAUGUGAUCGAGGUGGAUCCUGUCUUGGGCGAACGUGUUCUUUGUGAUCCACUUGGAGCAACAGCCUUGUUUCAGUCUGUGUGUUUCCAGGCCAUAAAGACACUUUCACUUGUUGAAAAGAUACACACCCAGAGUCAGGUGAAUGUAAUUCUGAAGUUGACACAUCUGCCUCCGUUCCCCGAGUACACGUUGGACCUUUGUAGUUUUCCUCGUGGACGCGGGCCCAUGAGGCCUGUCUCCAUGGAGGGCCUGGUCAUCGCCAUGACGAGGGUCACCAAAUACACCCAGGGGGCCAGGUUCCUCUGCGUCAAUGAUGAAUGUCCCUGCUUUACAGGGUUUCACCACAUUCGUGUCCAUGCACCCGGAGCCACGGAGUCUGCUACCGUACGGAACGACUUCAGCUGCACGAUCUGCAGCUCCCCGCUGAGAGAGGAUGUGAAGUUCAGAGUGUUGGGAGACAAACAGCUCGUGGAGCUGAUCCACGUCAAAGCACUAGAUGCUCUGAGCGCCCAUCAGCAGAGCUCGCUCAGGUACCAGUCCGCCACCCUGUUUCUCAGAGAUGAGCUGUGUAAUUCAAUGAGAAUCGGUCGACUCUACAGGGUUUUGGGCAUUGCUGCACAUGUUCAACAGGGGAGCGGCAUCACCUGGAGCGUCGAGGCGAAUGGCGUCCAGCCGUGGGAGCCGGAGCAUCCACACAAAGUCAGCGGCAGCUUCCAAGAGCUGUUGAAGGCCACGGACGGUUUCCGCUGGAGGUUCUCCGCCAUCGCGGCUCACCGCUUCGGGUUGGACGUGGCUCCUCCGGGCCUCUACAACACCCUCAAGCUGAGCCUGCUGCUCAGCCUGGUGCAGAACAAAGCAAAUUUGGAUCUUCUGGCCGUCACCACAGACACCCUCGUGCUCGACAGACUUAUGACGUACAGCCUGAGCUUGGCGUGUCACGGGGUCAGGCAUCAGGCAUCGGGGGAGAUGUUUGCGUCCCUGGCCAGGGACGAACACGGGGCCGGCACGGCCAACAUCCACGCCGGCUCGGCCCUGCUCGCCACCGGCGGCAUUUGCAUGUUGGGAGAUUUGGGCUGCUACAAAAAGGAGAGGUUGGAUGCCAUUCAGUCAGUUCUGGAGAGCUGCACGGUGUCCGUGUUCGUCCCGGGGAAGAAAUACGGCGAGGAUGCCGACGAGCAGCUUAACUUUCCUGUCCACUGCAGCUUCUGGGCCCUCACAGACUCCACAGAGGCCUCUCGGCGGUCCGGGAGGGCGGACUGUGCCGUACUUGGAACAGCAGAAAUGGGUCCUGUACCAGUUCAGUUAGCGGACGCCUUCGGCCUGGUCAUUCAGUGCAGGGAUGUGGGGGGGGAGCAGGCCCUGCUUUCUCAGACCAUCCACACCCUUCAGCAGGCCGUGCAGCCGGGGAAACCCCUCUACCCUUCAUGCUGGGAGUUUUCUACUCAGGACUACAAGGAGCUUGUGGCUCAUGCACGGAGCUUAAAGGCGGAGCUCAGCCCUGGAGCAGAAAAAAUGAUCCAUGGUUACUACAUGGCCAGCCGGAGGGUCCGAACACAGAGUCAGGGCGUCAAGAUGUCUGUGGCAUCCGUCAAACUACUGAUCUCAUUGGCUGAAGCCCACUGCAAGUUAUGUCUCAGGACACAAGUCCUGGAAGAAGACGCUGUGAUUGCCGUGCUGCUCUGUGAAAACUCUGUUACACUGAAGCAUGGGGCCUCUGCACUUGUUAUCCCACCUGAUGCCAUAUUUCCUUGUGAUCUGGGGAAUUGGGAUGGUUACCAGAAGAGAGAUGAGACACUGGAUGAGCUCCACCAGAAUAUUCUACGCUUCAUCUACAGCUACGCACCAGGAGCAGACUCUUACAUUACAGAGGAAUGAGACGUGUUCGAGUCAAAUGGGCGAUGUAGGUGGUGGCCAGGAUUAACACGUCGAGUUUGGACAGCUUGGUGUCCGGCGGCACGGACGGCAAAGUCCUCUGUAGCUCCAGGAAAGCGGUUCUCAGGGUCUGCACCCGGCUUCUCU